GCUGCCUGGGCCUGGACUUCCACAGGAGCUGCACCGGCGGUCAACGAGAGGGAGAGAGAGACACACGUCAGACAGACACGCGGACACCACCGGAUACUCGGGUUUGACUCUUCAACCCUGUGCUGUCGCGACAAGACUGGCAACCCAUGAAUACCACUGGUAAACAACGUGUAGCUUCCACGCUAACUGUAGAAAUAAGCGUUAAAACGUGUUAGCUAGCAGGAAAACAUUGAUCUGACGUGACCUCAGCAGACGUGAUUAUGUAAGCGGAAGUGUUUACCGACACGGGCCAGCUGGGAUCAUCCCUCAACUCACCACAACAAGGUGAAUCAUCUGUUCUUCGUGGGUCAAAGUUUACCUGAGCCGGAGUUGACUGCCCCUGAGCGGCUGUCACCUUCACGAUCCUCCGCAAUGACAGCGAGAAACAUAUCCCGCUUCUGGGAGUGGGGGAGGAAGAUCAUCUGCGUGGGGAGGAACUACGCGGAUCACGCCAAAGAGCUGAAAAACGCGAUCCCCACGGAGCCCAUCCUGUUCCUGAAGCCGCCGUCGGCAUAUGUCACGGAGGGCUCCCCGAUCCUGGUGCCCCGGUACUCCAGCAACCUGCACCAUGAGGUGGAGCUGGGGGUGGUGAUCGGGAAGGGGGGCACGGCCAUCCCUGAGUCCGCCGCCAUGGAGCACGUCGCCGGCUACGCGCUGUGCUUGGACAUGACAGCCCGGGACAUCCAGGACGUGUGCAAGUCCAAGGGUCUGCCCUGGACCCGGGCUAAAGCCUUCAACACCUCCUGCCCCGUCAGCGAGUUCAUCCCCAAGGAGCGCAUCCCCGACCCGGGCAACGUCACGCUGUGGCUGAAGGUGAACGAGCAGCUGCGGCAGAGCGGCUGCACCUCCCAGAUGAUCUUCUCCAUCCCCUACCUCAUCAGCUACAUCAGCGACUUCAUCACCCUGGAGGAGGGGGACCUCAUCCUCACCGGGACCCCCAAGGGAGUCUCCGCCGUGCAGGAGCACGACGAGCUGCAGGCCGGGAUCGAGGACGUGGUCACCAUGAGCUUCAGAGUGGACAGACGAGAGCAGAAGUGACAGCUAUGAAGAGGAUACUUAUCUAAUCAGACUGAUGAGAAAACUGUGAUUUCACUGCAAACUUCUUUUUCAAUAUCUUCAAUAUGUCAGUGUCUGUGUGUAUCAGCAGGGGGCAGUGCAGUGCCACACAAGAGACCACAUCUCUGAUAGACCCAUACAGUCUAUGGAUAAAUCUCCUGCUGCCAUGUUCAGAGUUUGAACAGAUAAUCUCAGCAACAUCUGGGCACUUGAUGAUGAUGAUGAUCUGUUUCACUGUGUUGUUCUGUAUCUUUUACUUACACCUAAAAGAAAAUCAUUCAUCACACACCAUCUUUGUCUUAGAUCACCGGUAUAGUGGAACUUUUACUCAAAUCAAAGAUGCAAUCAUAUUUUGAUAAAAAAUGUUCUUGGAAAUAAAGGGUAGGCAUAAGUAUGUCUGCAUAAUAAAACCAUA